AUGGUCACAAUGGCCAACAAGGCCAGGACCAGUCUUCUAUCAAUGAUCUUGUGCAGCACAACAGAAUUAGAAGGUUAUGAAGAGUAUGGUCCAUAUGAAGAGUAUGUAGUACAAUCGGAAAUAGCCCAGGUUUCGGAUGAUACGUACCGCGGCAGCUUCGGGGGUUGCGGGGAUGUUGAAGGGGAAGAGGAGCUUGAAGUCGUUGCGGGUUUUUCUGGUGUGUCUUUUGGUUCAUGGGGAUGUGUAGUUGUUGGAAGUGUUGAUGUUGAGGUGGUGGAUGGCCUUUGCAUGGUGCCCAUAGCUAGCCAUAUGGUGUAUAAUAAUUUGAAUGAAGGGUUUUGGAAAGAAGUAGUUGUUGAUGUUUAG